AUGCUUAGUCGACAUCUCCGGCUCUUAUGCCUCGUCUACCUCUUUUGGUGGCCCAUCCCUACCUAUUCUCAGCCCCCUGGACCAGAAAUCACCGUCGUUUACCGCGCCGAUACCCUGAGGCCUCAACAAGCGAGGCUCCAGGGCGGGUUCUGGCCUCGAGGCAUGAAUCGAACUCGGCCGACUGCGUUGCGCGCAGACUUUAGCUUGUUCAACCACGUCCAAGGCACGUCAUCCCACACCAGUCGGGACAAUUCGGGCUUCGUUUCCACAACUGCCAGUGGUGAUUUCGCCGAGCAGCACCUUCUUGAUGACCUGGACGCGACCGGCUACAUCUACAGGAUUCACGUAGCGGAAAACAUCGUCGACGCAGCUGCCUCGCUGGGACCAUAUUAUCCGUAUCCAGACGAGGAGGAAUUCGCGGCAAUCGCUGGCGUACGCUGGAUCCAGGUCCUUGGAUGGACCGAGUACAGAAACGGCGAUGAGAUGGACUACGUUGAGAAUCCCGAUUAUCGGUCGGAACUGUUCGAUUCCCGCCGAACAGGCGGUGCGCAACCCCAGCUUGCUGGGUUUCCGGUGGGACAUCCUGCCUGGCACGAGGAUCCCUGGCGUUUCAUGGCCGACUGCUUGAGCUUCAAGAAACGUCAGCUGUUUAGCGAGUGUGUGCCAAGAGACUCAGCAUUGGAGCAUGGAUCGGACUAUCUGGCAUCUGCCACUAGGUUCGAUUCCUUAAAGCUUCGUGUUCAGCUCGCCAAUGAUUUCUACGCCGGAACCGAGGACGCAAUUGGCGUUAGAUUCGGCUCAGAGAAAAGCGAUAUUAGUCUCUUUAACGAUGCCUCGCGAGGACAGACGGCUUCUGUAGACGUCAAUUUGACGGUCGUGUUCGGACAAGCCAAGGUUCCUCUACAGUCACUAUCUGGACUCCUCCUAAUCCAAACACCCGUGCCACAUCCCGUCGCAGCAGACGACUUCAAGAUUCAAGGUGCGUUUGGUGGCUGUCGAGAAGCUCGGUAUCUCACAUGUGCCGCAUCUUGA